AUGCUGCCAGAGUUGGGUUUGACCCGGCUCAGCCCGACUGGAACGGGUCUUGCUCAAGGUGCACUCGUCGGCGGAGGCCCUUGGAUCAAGGAUGUGAAGAAGCCGGCCAGACAGCCUCGACGUAACAAAGCUGAUGCUUCACCCCAACGAGCAGCCUCAUCCUCACCGGAAUCUGUUCGCGCCAGUGUCGAUGCUGCCACCACAUCGGCUCGUACAAUCUUCCAGCCCUCUGCAGGGUAUACACCAACUCACUCGUCCGACUCGGGCGCUGCCAUUCCAGUCAACAGCCCUCCGACAAAUCCGCAGACGAGUUUAGACAGCGUGAGCAUUUCGCUCGGGUCGUGGUUCCAGCAAGUGUUCGAGUCUUGCUGGGAGCAGAUAUUUGGUUUCUGGUUGGGCCGCGACUGCUGCCCCUUCAUUUGGGAUCCUAGCUACGAUGUUGUGUUCCCUCCCUCUAAGCUCUUUGCCGAACUCGACGCUGCCAUAGACCAGGACUGGGAAGCACGCAACCUGGAAGAUGCUGCGGCUACGCCUCUCAGCCAGCGACUUGAGAGAAACUGUCAGAUUGAGGACUCCCUGAAACUGGCCAUUCGAUCGUUUGCCUCACAAUGGCUGCACCUGAUACCAAAGCAGGAACGGGCAGAUAUUAUUCAAGAGGAUUUGGUCCGCGAAUUGUGGCGCGCGUCUCGGCGAGACAUGCUCAAAGUCAUCAACCGUGUCUCUUACCGCUCAGUCCUGACGCUUUUCAUUUUUGGCCUGACGCCGAUCCCCGUCGGAGUGUCCAAGGAUGAAGAGACGGACGGCCUCACAGGGCAAGUUUGCCUUCAAAUUGCUCUACAACAAGUACAAAGUCUUCGUGAGCGGCAACGUAAUUGUCAGUUCAGCGGGUCGAAAGUAUCAUUUGGCUUGGCUUCCUUGGUCACUUCCAAACCGAAGAGUUUUCCAAUCAGCGAGGCAUUCUUGAACGGCGAGAGCCGAGCUUACUGGGGGGCGUUAGAGUUCGACACCUCUGCUAGCCUUACCCUGAACUUUCGCUCGUCACUCUCGUCAGGUUUGCACGGUGUAGGGUCCGAGUCGGCAUGGCGAGUUUUACGCACGGGCGCUCAUUCCUUCCAAACGCGGACUAAAGACUGGCGUACUUCGACGUUUGAAGUGUCGGAUGAUACUGCUUCUCAGAUAGUGGCAGCUGCGGCAGCUUGCAAGGUGUUCGUAUUCAAGAUGAUCGCGGUCCUCAAAGAAGCACUCCGCGAAGGCGAAGAGGAAGACAAAGUUAAGCAAGCCUGGGACGCUUUCACAGAAGCUGCGGACAUUUUCCAGGAUGCCUUUCGGCCCUUGUUGAGCUCAUGCGAACGAAGACUCCAUUUUCUCAGCCAAGUGGAACGUUUGAAUUGGUACGAGGUCAUGCUACAUUAUCACUUGGGCAUCUUGAUGCUGGUGGAUACCGUCGAGGCAGCUGAGCGAGAUGAUCUGCUUGUUUUGUUGAAAGACAAACGACUCGAUGCCGAGCAAGAAGUUGUCAAUGCGCUCAAGUUCGGGCUGGAAUCUACGUUGACAAUAAGGGCGCCGGCGGACGAUACCGAGUAUUCAGAACGUCCGCGCACGAUCACAGCCUCGUUUAUCCAGCUCGACCCUUACCCUCACCACAUUGUUGCUGCUGUACAGCUCAUGAACAAGGUCAUCAGCCGAGAGUUCAGGCACGGAAAGAUCAAGCUUGAGAUCUACAAGUAUCUGGGAAGCACGUUAUCGAAGGCUCUAAACCAGUUACCACAGACUUCAAGGUCGGUACAAGAGGCGCGACAAUAUUUGAACACAUCCUUCCAGGAGUUAGAGCAUCAGGGUGACGUGCCUCGCCUGGUGAGCCCGGCACAAGGCGCUCCACGGCCGCACCGACUCUCGCAGGGCGGAACGUGA